CGCCCCUGAGCGGCGGCAUGGCGGGGCCGGGGGCGGGGCCGGGCUCGGCCCUGCUGCGCCAGUGUCCGCUGCUCUUGCCCCAGAACCGGGACCGGACGGUGUACGAGGGCUUCGUCUCCGCUCAGGGGAGAGACUUCCAUCUUAGAAUAUUGCUACCUGCAGAUUUGCACUUGAAAAACGCAAGGUUACAGUGCAGUUGGCAGCUGAAGGCCGUGUUAAAUGGCUACGACCGGGUAGUUAAACAGAGGUUGAUUCACUCAUCUGAUCUAGAGAGCUUUAUGAUGGAGUUGAAGAUGAUCUUGGAAGUUGCUUUGAAGGAAAAGCAAGCACUGUAUGCUCCCUCGCCUCCUCCCCAGUACUAUUCGUCUAUUGUCGAGGAAAUUGGGAUUCUGGGUUGGGAUAAACUCGCGUAUGUGGAUACCCGUUUCACCACCAUCAAGUUAAAAGCGGAAGACACUUCCGGGAGACUGCAUUUGAUCACUCUCCAGUUAAAGGCUCAGUAUCCUAAAGAAGCACCUGAAUGCUGGGUGGAUUUCCCUAUUCCAUUUGCUGUUUCUUGGACGUCGGAGAGCUCCUUAGCAAGCGUUCACCGCCAGUUUUUGGCCGCCGCAGAGUCACUGAAGUCCUUCUGGGAUACUAUGGAUGAACUCGACGAGAAGACCUGGGUGGUGGAGCCAGAAAAACCCAGCCGUAGCGCCACUAUGCGAAGAAUUGUCCUAGGAAAUAACGCAUCGAUAAAUAUCGAGGUGGAUCCCAGGCAUCCCACGAUGCUUCCCGACUGCUUCUUCCUCGGCGCCGACCACGUGGUAAAUCCCCUCGGAUUUAAGCUGAGCAAGAAUAUCCAUCUCUGGGAUCCGACAAACAGCCUCCUGCAGAAUUUGAAAGAUGUUUUAGAAAUGGAUUUUCCAUCCCGAGCUACCCUGGAAAAAUCCGAGUUCACCAUGGACUGUGGGAUCUGUUAUGCUUAUCGACUCGACGGGGCCAUUCCCGACCAAGUGUGUGACAAUGGCAAGUGCGGACAACCCUUCCAUCAAGCCUGCUUAUAUGAGUGGUUGAGAGGCCUAUUGUCCAGCAGGCAGAGUUUCAACAUCAUCUUUGGUGAAUGUCCAUAUUGCAGCAAGCCAAUUACACUGAAGAUGUCUGAGAGGAAACCCUGAAACGAGAACUUUAAAAAUGCCCGAGGAGAAGCAGGGGAAAUGGAGAAAAUAAACAGACGGCAUCUCAUCUGGGAACGACAUCAAAGAUAAGUCAGAGAGAGAAAGAUUAAAAGCAAAAGAAAAACUAUGACUACGCCAUAGCGAAAGACUUCAGCCUUGGCCUCGUGGCUGAAACCCGGUUGAGACGGAGAGGGCCGCAGACCGCGGGAAUCGCUGCUUCUGCAGGGAGUCGCCUUUCUCUCGAGAUCAGCCGCGCCCCCCCACCCGGAGGAAGAUGUGGACCGAAAACGCCUCGGCUUGGCAAAUGAACUCGGACCGGUACGAUCCUGACUGGGCUCCGGGACAGAGUCGGGAGAAUGAGUCUGGUCGAUGGUAGCCGAGACCCCCGCAACUCUCCGAUAAUCUCCUUGGGGCCCCGGGGGCCUCGGCGGCGUGUUCUGUGGAAGAAGAAAACGCCUGUCGUUAGAGGUCUCUUCUGCCGACCCGCUUCAGAUCUGUAUACGUCCCGUCCCGCGCCACUGACUUCGUCCUUUUACCCGAAGGUUCGGUCAGAAUUUCUUCAGGAAAUGUGCCGGAGGGUUCAGGUAUUUCUAUGUACUGGUCUCUGUGUGACGCUCUGUGUUUUACAUGAAGUCGUGUUAUUUUUAAAUGCCGCGUUUGACUAGACAUCUGCUAAAGAAUUUUUUGGGAGGGAGGAUGCAAAAUAAAUGUAUAAAGGAA